AUGGAGGCCAUCGAUCAGAACACCGGAAUUGUCCAGUCAUCGACUGGCUCUAACUAUGUUGUCCGCAUUCUCUCUACUCUCGACCGCGAGAAACUGAAGCCCUCGUCUUCUGUUGCCCUCCACCGCCACUCUAACGCCUUGGUCGACAUCCUCCCUCCCGAAGCCGACUCCUCCAUUGCCAUGCUUGGCUCCGAUGAAAAGCCGGACGUGACGUAUGCUGAUGUUGGUGGUCUCGACAUGCAGAAGCAAGAGAUCCGCGAGGCUGUCGAGCUACCCUUGACGCACUUUGACCUCUACAAGCAAAUUGGUAUCGAUCCUCCACGUGGUGUUCUCUUGUAUGGUCCGCCUGGAACCGGAAAGACCAUGUUGGUUAAGGCCGUCGCCAACUCCACAACGGCCAACUUCAUCCGCGUCGUGGGCUCCGAAUUUGUCCAGAAGUACCUCGGUGAGGGUCCUCGCAUGGUUCGCGACGUCUUCCGUAUGGCUCGCGAGAAUGCCCCGGCCAUUAUCUUCAUCGACGAGAUUGACGCUAUUGCGACGAAACGUUUCGACGCGCAGACGGGUGCCGACCGUGAAGUCCAGCGUAUUCUUCUUGAGCUGCUUAACCAGAUGGACGGUUUCGAUCAGACCGCCAACGUGAAGGUCAUUAUGGCCACCAACCGUGCCGAUACACUCGAUCCCGCCCUGCUGCGUCCCGGUCGUCUAGACCGAAAGAUUGAGUUCCCCAGUCUACGUGACCGCCGUGAGCGUAGACUCAUCUUCUCCACUAUCGCCAGCAAGAUGAGUCUGGCACCAGAGGUUGACUUGGAUUCGCUGAUUGUGCGCAACGACCCCCUGAGUGGUGCCGUCAUUGCUGCCAUCAUGCAGGAGGCCGGCCUACGUGCCGUGCGGAAGAACCGGUACAACAUCAUCCAGAGCGAUUUGGAGGAUGCCUACUCAAGCCAGGUUAAGGGCACGAGCGACGAGAACAAGUUUGAUUUCUACAAAUAA